ACGGAACUCUCGGAAACAACCUUCCUUCACCCAAGAAAGUAGCUUAGCUCCUCCAAUCCACCUUACUUGAUAAGGUCAAAAUCUAUGACACCAAUCCGGAAAUCCUCGAAGCCUUCUGCAACACCGCCAUUGAUCUUGGGUUAGUUUUCACAUGGUAGCCGUAGAAGACCAGCAUGUUGCAAACUUCAGCGCCGAUGUUUCCGUCGUCGACGAAUGGCUUGCCACCCGUGGCGUCCCCUUCAUUCCCGCCACCUCCACUAUUGCCGUCGAUUUAGAAUAUGCUUUGCUCGGAAAUGCCACCAGCAUCCAUGACCCAAAAGGGUACAUCUACAACAACGUGCUGGAUGCUCAAAUUGAAGCAAUUAGAUCGACAAUGAACGCUAUGAAGUUUGGUAAUCAGACGAUCGAGAUCACAGUUUCGGAGUCUGGGUGGCCGUCAAAAGGGGCUCCUGGUGACGCCGCCGCCCCGCCGGACAAUGCAAAGAAAUAUAAAACUCGAGGCUGGAAGUGGCUAUGUUUUCCGGUCUCUUGCGUGACAUAUGCUACAAACGCCAAAGGAACUUCAUUUUCUGAGGUCGUGGCUGCUCAGCUUACUCCUAAGGUCGUGGCUGCUCAGCUUACUCCUAAGACAGUAGCAUCAACUCCUAUCAGGAGAGAAACUGUUGCCAAAUUGAAGGUUGCAAUCAAUGGAUUUGGACGCAUUGGCAGGAACUUCCUUCGGUGCUGGCAUGGCCUGAAAGACUCACCCCUUGAUGUGGUUGUUGUCAAUGACAGCGGUGGUGUCAAGAAUGCUUCACCUUUGUUGAAAUUCGAUUCAAUGCUUGGAACUUUCAAACCAGAAGUCAAAUUUGUGGAUUAUACCACCAUUAGUGUUGAUGGCAAGCCAAUCAAGGUUGUCUCUAACAGGGACCCUCUCAAGUUUCCAUGGGCUGAUCUUGGCAUUGACAUUGUCAUUGCGGGAAGAGGAGUUUUUGUGGAUGGCCGUGGAGCUGGGAAGCAUAUUCAAGCUGGUGCUAAGAAAGUUACAUCACUGCUCCAGCAAAAGGCACAGACAUUCCAACUUAUGCUGUUGGAGUCAACGAAGGUGACUACUCUCACGAGGUCUCAAAUAUCAUAGGGCUAGUACCUCCGAAGAGAUGAUUGCUCAUAAAGCAGUUUGAAAAUU